AUGAUUGAUGCUGCUGCUACUGCUGUUGAUAAUAAUAAUGAUGAAGAUGAUGAUAAUGAUGAUGAUGAUGGUGGUGGUGAUGGUACUGAUGUUAAUGCAGAUGAUAAUGAUGGUGAUAAUAAUUGUGGUGAUGUUAAUGAUGAUGAUAAUGAUGGUGAUGAUGGUGGUAAUGAUAAUACAUACAUAAUAUUACUACAAAGCAAAAAUAGAUGCAAACAAAUGGUAAUGGGUCCUAUUAUUGAAUAA